AUGGUCGCUGCGAUACAAGCGCAGGCACAGGCGAGACCAGUGGCCCCGGCUAAAGUGAUGCCGAAUCCCCUGAACAAUAAUGGUCAAGGAAAUGGCAACUAUCAGCAGAACAACCGCCAAGGGAACUAUCAGCAGAACCGUGGCAACUAUCAGCCUCAGCAAGGUUCUCGAACGGAAUGGAAGUUCGGUCUAAUUGAUGGAUGGGUAGCCCAGGGCGUGCAGCUGUGCCAGAAUUGUGGAUUUGAAAACCACAAUGCACAGGGCUGCAAGUUCGCCAACAUGCCGCUGAACCGGAACCCGAACCUGUUCGCCACCCGAGAGUGGGAGAGGCUGCGCACUCAAGGCGGCUGGCGACAGGCAGUAGCGAACGGCUACGACCUGGUGGCCACAUCGUCCCAGUUUAAACAGCAAAAUGGCGGUGGCCAAGGAGGUGGCCAAGGAGGGGGCAAAGGUGGUUAUAACGGCGGCGGCAGAGGAGGCUUUCGCGGACGAGGUCGCGGCAAUGGACGCGGCAACAACGGCAACCGGAACUGGCGCGCCAACAGGAAUGAUGGUGGCGGCGACCAGAAUAACGGCGGCGGCGUGAACGGCGCUGCCCAGGGGCAGCAAAACGAGCAAGCCCCGCAGCAGCAAAUGGACCAGGGAAACGAUCAAAAUCAGUAG